GUUCAUCUUAUGGUGGCAGUGGUGGGAAGACUUUUCCAAAAAUGGUUCCCUGCAUCCCCAAAUCUGGCUUACACUUUCAUAUGGGAUAAAACUGAUGCAUACAACCAGAGAGUCUAUGGAUUAUCUGAAGCUGUUGUGUCUGUAGGUUAUGAAUAUGAGUCUUGCUUGGAUCUAACUCUCUGGGAAAAGCGGACUGCCAUUUUGCAGGGUUAUGAACUGGAUGCCUCCAACAUGGGUGGCUGGACAUUGGAUAAACAUCAUGUGUUGGAUGUUCAGAAUGGAAUCCUCUACAAAGGAAAUGGUGAAAAUCAUUUUAUAUCUCAGCAACCCCCAGUUGUUAGUAGUAUUAUGGGCAACGGAAGACGACGCAGCAUCUCCUGUCCAAGUUGUAACGGUCAAGCUGAUGGUAAUAAAUUAUUGGCUCCGGUUGCCUUAGCUUGUGGGAUAGACGGCAGUCUUUACGUGGGGGAUUUCAACUAUGUUCGGCGGAUAUUCCCAUCUGGAAAUGUAACUAGUGUUCUGGAGCUAAGCAACAACCCAGCUCACAGAUACUACCUUGCAACUGACCCCGUGACAGGAGAUUUGUACGUUUCCGACACAAACACACGCAGGAUUUAUCGGCCCAAGUCGCUCACGGGUGCGAAAGACCUGACCAAAAAUGCUGAGGUAAUAGGAGGAACAGGGGAGCAGUGCCUACCAUUUGAUGAGGCAAGGUGUGGUGAUGGAGGCAAGGCGGUGGAGGCAACUCUCAUGAGCCCUAAAGGAAUAGCAAUCGACAAGAAUGGGUUAAUCUACUUUGUUGAUGGGACCAUGAUCAGAAAAGUGGACCAGAACGGAAUAAUAUCCACUUUGCUUGGCUCCAACGACCUGACCUCAGCACGACCUCUAACCUGUGAUACCAGCAUGCACAUCAGCCAGGUUCGUCUGGAAUGGCCUACGGAUUUAGCUAUCAACCCAAUGGAUAACUCCAUUUAUGUUUUGGAUAACAACGUAGUUUUGCAGAUCACUGAAAACCGUCAGGUUCGCAUUGCUGCGGGGAGGCCAAUGCAUUGCCAGGUUCCUGGAGUGGAGUACACGGUGGGAAAGCACGCUGUACAGACCACGCUAGAGUCAGCCACUGCCAUUGCCGUGUCCUACAGUGGGGUACUUUACAUUACAGAAACUGAUGAAAAAAAGAUUAAUAGGAUAAGACAGGUCACAACUGAUGGAGAGAUCUCAUUAGUUGCUGGAAUACCCUCAGAGUGCGAUUGCAAAAAUGAUGUCAACUGUGACUGUUACCAAAAUGGAGAUGGCUAUGCUAAAGAUGCCAAACUUAAUGCCCCUUCCUCCUUAGCUGUGUCUCCGGAUGGCACGCUGUAUAUUGCUGAUCUGGGAAAUAUUAGGAUACGGGCUGUGUCAAAGAACAAACCCUUACUGAAUUCAAUGAACUUUUAUGAAGUUGCUUCUCCAACUGACCAAGAGCUUUAUAUCUUUGAUGUCAAUGGUACUCACCAGUACACUGUGAGUUUAGUCACUGGAGACUAUCUGUACAAUUUUAGCUACAGUAAUGAUAAUGAUAUUACUGCGGUAACGGAUAGCAAUGGGAACACUCUUCGUAUCAGACGGGAUCCCAACCGGAUGCCAGUGAGAGUGGUCUCUCCUGAUAACCAAGUCAUCUGGUUGACGAUAGGCACUAAUGGAUGUUUGAAAAGCAUGACUGCACAAGGGCAGGAGCUUGUCUUAUUUACCUACCAUGGCAACAGUGGACUUCUGGCAACUAAAAGCGAUGAGACUGGAUGGACCACUUUUUUUGAGUAA